AAUCUAAAUUCGUCCUGAAUCGCACAAGAUACACUCCGUACCUUUCAUCUAAAAGGUGUCCAGAAGUCCAACACUCCAAAUAAGCCAUCCUCCACUUCGACACUCCAAAUUUUCUUUAAUUAAUCUGAUCAGGUCGGAAGAAAAUCUGCCAUUCUUCUUAAACCCCCCGGAAACGUUCUAGUGUUUCCAACGGGCAACGGAAUUACACCCGGUAAACCUGUCGGUCCUUUCACUCAUCGUCUUCAGGCUUCAGCAUUACGACCUUACAGUUCAAUCGCUCAGCGUCUUCGAGCUUCAGGCUGCAGUUCAAUCGCUCCAGGAGCUCAGAAGCCUUCCAUUACCAGGUGAGCUCCCACAACCCGCUUUAUCUUUCCAACGGAUCAGUACACUGUCGCAAAAGACCCAGUAUGGAGUAUACUAAAUGUAGCCGAAAUAAAUUAUCAAGACAUCCCACUCUCUGUUUACCGCCUGCAACACUCCGACGGGACUGAAUUUACCUGCAAGGAAAAUGACCUUUAUAUGUUAAAGAUGGAUGACAUCUAUCAUAUGUAUCUAGCCUUCCAGGAAAUUCCAGUCACCUGGGACAAAUCUACACAAGAGGGAUUCAAGGCACUCAAGCGCUUCAUGGUCAGACAAGCCAAAUUCUUUGCUUCCCAUGAUCUUCAGAUGGCCCUAGAAACCAAUCUGCCAAAGACAAACCUCUCAAGACCAAAGCUUUACGGGCCAGAACUUGAGAACUAUCCAGCCUAUUACAUCUUCGAUUGCCCGUUAGCUAUCAUCUAUCUGAACCACAAAGGUGAGAGGCGCUUGUUGGUGGCAGAAGAAAUCAACAAGUAUUGUGAUGGAACGCUGAAGAUCAUUAAGGAAAAACUGCAACCUAUCAGAAAAGAGUUUGAAGAAAAACAACAGAAGUAUGCAGAUGCCACAGACGAUGAACUAACAGAAGCAACCAGAAUUGAUAAAAUCUUGAAAGCCAUCGAGAAACAACUUGACAGAAGAAGGUCUCUCAGAAAUUACGAGCAUGCACUAAAUCUCAGAAAGCAUUAUUUUAAAGCUCAGAAGUGAAGAAAAGAAGAAGCAAGAACAUCUGAUCACAAAGGGGGAGAUUGUUAGAGAUAUUUUCAUUAUAUUGUGAUCAAUGUUUCUUAGCUAUUUAUAUUUAGCAUCUUAAUUAAAUAGACUAGCUAGAAUAAUGAAUAGGCCUUUUAAGGCAAUUUGUAAUAAAAGGUUUUAUACCUUUUUAGGUAUGGGCCUCCUAGAAAAAGGAGCCCAAAUGAUUGUAAAACCUACCUUUCCCGUCAGGCUAUAUAUAUGCCUUAAGGGAAAGGCUAGGUUAAGCUUUUCAACAUUCCCUGUGCCGCAGUGCCUAUAUCGGUGAUAGAAGUUUUACGCUAAAUUGUUCAUCAUUCUGUAAACUUCUUCAUCAUUCAAUGGAAAGCUUCAUUCCCAGA